AUGCAAGCGCAGCCACGUGACCCUGCUGCUGGCGGUAUAGCUGCUGGCGGGGUCCCUGCUGGCGGGGUCUCUGCUGGCGGGGUCUCUGCUGGCGGGGUCUCUGCUGGCGGUGUAGCUGCUGGCGGGGUCUCUGCUGGCGCUGUAGCUGCUGGCGGGGUCUCUGCUGGCGGUGUCACUGGCGCUGGCGGUCCCGCCAUGCCCUUCCCCCGUCCCUCUCAUCCCCCACAGCGACUGUCGCUGCACACGGGAACGGCCGCGAUAAGGGGAGACGUGAAGGGGCCACGACGGGGAAAGGGGAGGCGACGGGAGGCGACGGGGACGGCGGCAAGGACUGCAGCGUUCGACCGCCACUCCCUGCCCUUCUUCCCUCACCCCCCCACAGCGACCGCCGCGGCACACGCGAACAGCCACGACGAGGGGGGGGGUGACGGGCAGGGGGCGGGGCAGGCGUAG